AUGUCUGCUCCAAAAGGAAACAAAAAGAAAGAAAACAAAACUGAUCCAACUCGCUUUGAGGGAGAUGGAAUCAGUUUCAAGGGCAAGUUCAUUGGUGUUGCCGAUGUAUGGGACUCGCACGGUGAUGAGAUGUGCCAAGAAACCAUGCAGAAAUUAAAGGCGGCUGUGAAGAGUUCUGGGGAACACAAGUUGCGCAUCCUGCUCAACAUCUCUUUAGAAGGCAUCAAGAUCAUUGAUGAAAAGAUGGAGGCUGUGAACUACACACACAUGGUGAACCAUAUUUCCUUCGUAUCCAAAGAUGCCUCUGAUUCCAGGGCUAUUGGCUAUGUGUAUGGACCUGGUGAUGGCUCUCACAAAUUCUUUGCCAUUAAAACUGAAAAGUCGGCUGAACAGGUCAUGUUUACUGUUCGAGAUUUGUUUGAAGUAAAAAAGAAGGAAUUGGAAGAAGCUGCUGCAAGAGAAGCAGCUAAAAAUGCCAAAGCUGAGGCUUCCAAAGAUGGUGCUAGUGUAGAAAAUGAAAGUGCAAAAUCCAAAGAAAAAGCAGAAGACGAUCACGUCUACUCAGGUAUGGAUUCAAUUGGAAAUGCCUUGGCCCACUCAACUACCCACAGCCCUUUAGCGGCUGCAGCAGCCGCUCAGGACAAUGCAGAUCCAUGGAAUGUCAACAACCAACCAGGAUCAGCCUGCCAGACUCCUAGCCCACUUUUGCAACCACCUCCUCCAGUUGUUCGCUCUAACUCUGGAAAUACUUCUCGUGGUUCUUUACUUUUGUCAACAGUGGGCCAGCAGUCUCCAGGUGGCUCCAUCAGUCCUCAAGUUGCUGCAGCAGCUUUUCCUAUGCCAGUUUCCAGUGCCUUUCCUCCAGUGGCUUCUCCCGGAGCCGCCAUGCCUUCUGGAAUGUUCCCCGUGUUACCUGCAGCAGCAGCAGCUGCUGCUGCUUCACCCCCUUUUACUUCUACAGUUGUUGGUAAUCAGAUCAUCAUGCAAUCAUCCCCAAAGCUGCCCACCAGUCCAAACUGUGCUCUUCCAGUUGUAACAGACCCGUUUGGUGACAACCUCUUCUCCAAUACACCAACCCAGGUUUCCAUGCUGACCACGCCAAUGCCUGCCUCACAGCCAUUCCUCGUACAGCCUAACGUGCAGCCAACUUUUGCUGCAUUUCCAACACAGGCAGUGACACCUCCAGCAUUUCAAUCUAGCUCCUCAUCAGGAAGCCUUCAUGGAAACAGCCAUGGAAAUAGCCCCAACAAAUUUGAUGCCUUUUCUGCUGACAACACAUUUAAUAGCGCCAAUCCAAGCGCUUUCAAUUCCUGCUUUGGGCAACAACAAACAUUACCAAAUACAUUUUCACUCCAGGAUCAGGUUUUACCAAGCCCAGGCACACACAGCCCCUCAAAUGCUGCUGCCCUGAAUGUCUCUCCUGGUGCUGGUGCUCCAGGAGAACUCUCUAUUGCAUCUCCGACCACUGCUGGCACUAAUCUGUCACAGAACCUGUUUGAAGAUCUGUGCAAUUUUGGUAGUAAACAACCCCACAAAAAACCUGCUGAACUUUUUCCUCGCUUGGAGCCUCCUGUUAAGAAAAUAAAUGAGCUCCGACAGGAAAAGGAACAAACGAGGGAACAACAGAACACUGCAGCUGCCUCAACACAAAUAGUGGGCACCCCAUCGCCAUUGCCAAAUGAUGUCUUCACCAUGACUCCAUUCCAGGCAAGUGAUGCUUCAAUUCCUUCAGCUGGUCCAUCUGACGAUCUGCUUUGUGAUCCAAAACGACUCCCAGAACCUUCCAGAUCUCCCAUGCUACCAGCAGAUCCUGCUUUUUAUCCGGAAAAACCCGGACAUCGCUCUUCUCGGUCAUCGGGCAUAUUCAGUUUCAGUGGAAACCAUUCAACGGAGGUGACUUACGCUGUUACUACCCCCGAGCCAUCAGAGAUCGAAUUCAGCCAUCCAGCUCCAUCCCAUCCUCCACCUCCAUUGCCACCAUCCAUUGCUAUGGCUACAAGCCCUGAUCCUGAAACCAGCCCUCUUUCUUCUUCUUCUGCACCCGACCAAAAAGCAACAACUCUGUCAGAUGAUGAAGAGGACUUUAACUUGCCAGCUCCUGCUGUGCCUCCUCCACCUCUGCCAUCAGAGACAAUGCUUAGUCUGGCAUCACAAGCGCCAGCACCUCCCCCCAGACCUAGACCUUCUGAAAUAUCCAAGCUUCCAAAACCUCCCCCACCAAAGCCACGUCGUAAUUUGUCAUCAAGCUCCAGUCUCCAGAGUAUGGGAAAGUCAAAUUCGCCUGUGCCAUCGACCAUUUCACAGGAUGGUAUGACACGGGCAGACAGUGGCCUUGCUGGCAGUUCUGUCUUCUCUCCUUCCUCACCUGCUUCAGACAUUUCUAAUUUGAGCCACUCUUCUGCUUGGGCUGAUAGCACCAAAUUUGACAGUGUGUUCCAAGCUUCAUCUAUUUCUCCUGGUUUCAGUUUAGACAACACAACAAACAACAAUAAUUCCCCACAGCCAUGGUCUACAUUCGCAGAAAAUGAAAACUCCUAUUCACCUAGUAGCAAUCGGAGUUUGUCCAGUGGUCGAGAUUUCUUCCCUGUGACAUCUACAGCUACACGUGCAAGCAGUGUGAGUUCUUGGCCAGACAACAAUCCAUUCGUAGUUAAGACGAUGCAAAGCCCUUCUUUGACAAACACAGUGUCUCCCUCACCCAAAAGCACAGCUGUAGACUUUGUUGAUCCUUUCCCCACUAAGUCUGGUCCUUUCGUCACAACUUCAAGUAAGACAAAUUCAGAAUCUCCUCCGACUGAUCCCUUUACAACUACUUCCUCUAAUGCUAGUUCAAGUAGCAAUCCAGCUCAAGUGGAUGAUCCUUUCGUGGUUCCUGCACCUUUUAAACAAAAGUUAGAUAAAGUCGAAAAUGACCCGUUCGCUGUGCCCUCUCUUGCUAAAUCGCAUUCAAGCUCUGUGUCUGCUGACGAUCCAUUUGUUGUCCCUUCUCAAACUAAACUGCAGCUUAAUAGUGCUCAGCCUGACCCUUUUGUUCUGCCUCCCGCAACCACCCUGAAGUCUGAUACAAAUCAGACGACAGAGCCUUUUGUGAUUCCUUGCAGUACGCAACUAAAAUCAGACAAUGUACAAGCUGAUCCUUUUGUAAUCUCUAUGCAAACAAAACAAGAGGUUGACAAAGGUCAGUCUGAUCCAUUUGUCUGUCCAAGCAGUACUAUUUUACCAACUAAUGGCACUCGGACAGAUCCUUUUGAAGGUUUUAACCAGUGGUCAACUCCUUCCAGUGUUAAUGUUAAUACAGCAAAUGGCUGUACAAAAUUCUCCUGGGAGACAUCGUUCGAAACGGAACCAAUUUAUGCUGUGGUGAACAAGCAGAAAUAA